AUGCUCAUCAUCUCGUCCCGCAGUGCGCUGCUGUCCGUCUACUACCCGCAGAUCUUCCUCAUCCUCACCAGCGGUAGCUACCUGGCGCUGUCCUCUGUGGUCGCUCUAGGUGCCAACAUCAUCUGCAACAAGAUACCGGGGCUGGCCCCCCGUCAGAGAGCCCUCUGUCAGAGUCGCCCGGACGCCAUCAUCAUCAUCGGCGAAGGCGCUCAGCAGGGCAUCGACGAGUGUCAGUACCAGUUCCGCUACGGCCGGUGGAACUGCUCAGCCCUGGGACAGAGGACUGUCUUUGGACAAGAGCUGAGAGUAGGCAGCAGGGAGGCAGCAUUCACUUACGCCAUCACUGCAGCCGGAGUUGCCCACGCGGUGACCGCGGCUUGCAGCCAAGGCAACCUCAGCCAGUGCGGCUGUGACCGCGAGAAGCAGGGCUACCACGACCAAGAGGAGGGCUGGAAGUGGGGCGGCUGCUCGGCCGACGUCAAGUACGGCGUGGAGUUCUCGCGGCGCUUCGUAGACGCCCGCGAGAUCAAGAAAAACGCCCGCCGGCUGAUGAACCUGCACAACAAUGAGGCAGGCCGAAAGAUCCUGGAGGAGAGGAUGAAGCUGGAGUGUAAGUGUCAUGGCGUGUCUGGUUCCUGCACCACUAAGACCUGCUGGAUCACCCUGCCAAAGUUCAGAGAGAUUGGUUACCUGCUGAAGGACCGCUACAGCGGGGCAGUUCAAGUGGAGCCAGUCCGGGCCUCGCGCCUCCGCCAGCCCUCCUUCCUACGACUCGUGGAGGCCCGGGGCUACCAGAAGCCCACGGACACGGACCUGGUGUACCUGGAGCGUUCGCCCAACUACUGUGAGGAGGACACGGCCACGGGAAGCACGGGAACGCGGGGGAGAAUGUGCAACGGCACCUCGACCCACACAGACGGUUGUAAUUUGAUGUGCUGUGGCCGCGGUUACGACACGCACCACUACACGCGCAUCUGGCAGUGCAACUGCAAGUUCCACUGGUGUUGUUUCGUCAAGUGCAACACGUGCAGUGAGAAAUCAGAAGUCUUCACAUGCAAGUAG